GCUUAUUAAAAUAAAAAAAAAAUGGUAAAUACAAACAAGUUUUUAAAGAUUUUAUUUUUAUUAGCAGUUACAUCUUUUUGUAUUUUAUGGUUGUUAACUGAAAAAAAUAUUUAUGAAACUUUCAAAAAUACAGAUUCAGUAUUUCGAAGUUUGAAACUUAAUGACGUUGAAGUUAGAGAAUAUAACGCAUGCGGGUUGAAAAGCAUUAAUAAGAAGUAUUAUGUAAAAAAAAAAAAAAUUAUUUGUAAAAAUCAUGUUCCUUCAAAAGCUAGCUGCCGCUACGUAAAUGAGACAUACGCGUAUGACGUAAAUAACUCAUGUAACGGUAAACAUUCGAUAGAAAUUUGCAAGUUUGUAGAGAAAAAGUUGUAUUGUAAAAAAGAUGCUUGUGAGAAUCAACCAGUAACAAUUCGUUAUUUAAAUCCUAAUUCUGGCGAAGUAGUCUCAAUGGAAGAAAAGUACGAUACCCUACAAAACUUAACCAGUUUAGUUUUAAAAUAUGCUGAAAAAUCUUCAAAAAAUGGAUUUCAUUUUUUGUUUCUUAGUUGCGGAAACAAUAAAACAAAAACUCAGUUACUUAUACUUGAAAAUAAUAUAUUUGAAAACACUUUAUUGAACACAAACCAAAAACAAAAAAUAAAUAUCAAUCUUGUUAUGCUUGACUCAAUUUCUCGUCCUCAUUUUUACAGAUCCUUACAAAAGACUAUAAAAACAAUUAACAAAAUAAACUUGGAAAGUGAUUCAGAAGUUCUCGACUUUGAAAUGUUUCAAGCUGUUCAUGGCCACACCUUGGAAAACAGUAGAGCUCUCUUUACAGGAGCACCUUUUCCAACAAACUUUACUGGAAAAAUGCAGCUGAAUACCGGUGUUGGUAUUAAAACAUUUAUGAGUCACUUUAAAAAAUUCGGAUACCUAACGCUGUAUCAAGAUGACAUGUGCUGGAAAUCGUUUUGGGGAAUACGAAUGGAUAUGGGAAAACCGUAUGGCGGUUGGGCGGAUUUAACAAAAAAAAUUCAAAAAUCAAGUAUACAAUACACAGGUCUUCUUCAAAGCAGCUGCGAAAUCCUUUCAAGCCUGGGUUUAUCAACUGUGUUUCAAACACAAAAACACGAAAAAGUUUGUUAUAAUAGCAAACAGCAAAAUUACUAUUACUUAAAAUACCUUGAGCAUUUUUACAACAACUUACCAGAGAACCAAAAUGCAGUUUCUUUUACGGCGCUGAAUGUUGCUCAUGAUUCGUAUGGUAUACGCGUGCAGGCAAUAGACGAAGACUUGUCUGAAUUUUUAAAAGAAAUGUCAAAACUCAAAAACACUCUAACUAUAAUAUUUUCUGAUCACGGUAAUACGUACACAAGAUUUGUUUCUAGUUACAUUGAGGGGCGAUUCGAAAUGUUUCACCCGUCAAUGUUUAUUUUAAUCCCAAAGAAUGUUCAAAAUUAUAUUGGCCUUGAAGAGUUACAAAACUUGCGAGUAAAUCAAAAUAGAUUAUUUACAAUCGUCGAUGUACACAAAAUGUUGUUUUAUUUUGCUGAAAAGAAUGACAAUAACAAUGCUGAUAAUUUAUUUGAAAAAGGUCUUUUAAAAAGAAUUUCUGAAAAUAGAAAUUGUGAUGACCUUCCACUACGUAUGCCUAAUAUAUGUAUAUGUCAAAACACUUAUUCCAAAGGAAAAAACGAUAGCAAUGCAUUGAUGUACCUAGAAUUUGCUUUGGGAAAAUUGAAUAACAUAAUAACAAACUCAUCGCAAAACUGUAAACGUCUUACUCCACUUUGGUUUGAAAUUUUUAGCCAAGUUAAAAACGGCGAGUUUACUUUAACUAACUUUGAUAUUUAUACUUUACCAGGCGUAGGAUCAACUAAUGAUGUAGAAAAAAUUAAUGUUGUUGUAAAAUCAACUUUAAACGAAUUUUCUGAAAACUUUGGUUUAGAAUUAGUAGCGUGGGAUCGAAUAUCAGAAUUUAAUGGCUACCGCAAAUGCAGCAAUGCAGAGUUUAGUUUUCGGUUGUGCGUUUGUGAUUUAAUAAAUUCUAGUUCAACAAGUAGGUUUGACACAAAGAAACUUUACAACACUACACGAACAUCAGUGGCUUACACCCUUUCAUCUUACAUUGUGAGCGAAGAAGUUAUUGUAUUGAAGCAAAAAAGCUUAUUUUUAAUUGUGCGAACAUUUAAGGAAUCUAUUAAAAAUAUUGGUCAAUUUUUAGUUGCCGUAACAUUUGAAGUAGAAUCAGUUUCAACUGAAUCAUACUUUGUUAAUAUAAAUUUGAAGUCAGUAUACAAUUUAAAACCGGUGUUAAAUUCAAAUUGUCAGGGUAUUGUGAGUAAAGCAUCAGUGACCUAUUUGUGUACCUAUUCCGUAAUAUGGACUCAUAUAGAUGCGCGAUUCCAUUACAAUGCGCAUUACAAUAAAGUAUAAGUUAUAUUUAGAAUAUUUUUAUCAACCACUAAAGACAGUAAUUUAGUUUAAUCACUAGGAAUGAAUUCAAAACUCACUAAAAAAUUUAAUUGCUAGAAACUGUUUAAUCAUAUUUUGAAAGAUAAUGCUUUUGAUAAA